GACUCAAUCACCAUCAUAACUAAGAGGAGAAAUUCAACAUUCACUCUCUAAAGAGCAAGAAGACAUCCUCCAUAUUGAGUUGAGUGCCUUCUCUCAAUAAAAUCCCACAUUACUCACUCUCUUUGACUUUUCAAUUGCCAAAAGAAUAAGAACUCCACGGAAUUCUAAACUAUUUAAACCAAUUCAAUAGUAACAACUCCUUGCUAAUUUCAUUCAGUGAAAAAUGGAUCUUGAAACUGAGUGGGAAAUUCUUCCUAAUAAUGGACUUCUUGAAAUCCAUGAUUAUGGAGGCCAAAAUAUUUCCUUUAGGAAAUAUGAUUCUCAAUUUGUCGACUCAACAGAGCACUCUAGAGUGCCAAAUCAACUAAUUGUUCCACUCCCAAAUCAGCUGAAUCCAAGUAUACAAAAUAUCCAAGAAGAUGAUGAGGUUAUUAAAGAAGUUAUCACUAAGGUUCCAGUUGAGGGAGCAACUGUGGUGGAAAAUGAACAAGAUCAAGUGUCACAAGUUUUCUUCAAGAAAAUGAAGGAAACAGAAUAUGAAAACAUGAAAUUGGACUCACCCAAGUUCAGUAACAAGACUUGUGUGUCUCAAAUUGAUUCAGAUCCUUUGCAGUUUGAGGAUAACGCUGAGGUAAUUGACAAAGAGAGUACUGUGAUCAAGAAAAGAGAAAACAUGGAAGCAGAUAUUGAAAAGAACAAUAGUGGAUUGAACUUAUGGAACUGGAGCUUCACUGGAAUUGGUGCUAUUUGCUCCUUUGGGAUUGCUGCUGCUGCCAUUUGCAUCUUCAUAGGAAAUCACCAAAAACAGAAACAAAAUAAGCAGAAUCAGAAGCUUAAAUUCCAAUUUUCUGAUGACAAGAAAAUGAAGCAAGUGGUUGAGCAGCCAACAAAGUUGAAUGAAGCAAUUUGUGGAGUAAGAGGAGUUCCUAUAACAAACAAACGCAUCACAGACGUUGAGGGGUUACUAUUACGCUCCUUGGAGCAUAUUCAAGACUGUUUAUCAGUCUCAUGAAUCAUUUUAACACUUCAAUAUUCGAUCCUAGUGUCCAAACAUAGGAAUACUAUAUACCGUUGUAUAUAUACUGGACUUAAUUCCCAGAUUAUUCAAUUAGCAAUUUGUAGUAAAGUCAUAUGUUAUGUAACACUGGAGUUUGGUUAAGAUAAUACACAGCUAUUUCAAUAA